AUGAUCAUCAUCAAUUUCCUUCGAGGGUCUGGCUUAACCACACACCUACAAAUGAGUACGAAUCCUUUUUUCUUGCUGGGGCCGGCGGCCCCUCGCUUAACCGGUACCUACAGUAAAGUUCUUCACAGCGCCGAUCACUUAUGCUGGUUGGAGGCUGCUACAUAUGCGCUGGAACUUGCGUCAUGUAGCAAUGAUGUUAUGUAUUGUGUACUCUGUAUGGGAGGAACUGCUCUUCCCUCCCUCCGACCCGUCCUGUGCUUAGGGGCUGGCUGGCUGGCUGGCUGGCUGGCUGGCUGGAGUUGGCAGCUCGACGACUACUCUCAUCGAUUCCACCCAAAUACCCUGUCAAACCUACCGGUACCUUCCUACCUCUCCAUUGUUACUAUAAAUCACCGCGCCAAGAUCGAAACUAUCACCAACGCUAAGUCCUUCAUCUCCUCACUGAUUGACGGCUGGUAGGGCUGGAAGGGAGGCAGAUCCCGGUCGUUGAGACAUAGGAGGAGGGUUGUAGGCACUAACAAGCUGGGGGAUUGUUUCUUGAGCUGACUUCCGGAGUAGGUAGUUAGGGAUGCCGGCUAAACGGGCAAAAAAAACAAAAGAAAAAAAAAAGGAAAAGGGAUCCGUCGCGUUGUGCUGCACAACCCAAAAAAGGUCCCAAAAAGGUAAUCGGCCCGAGCCGCGGAUCGAACGCGGGACCUCUCGCAGAUAUGC